CACAUGGGUUUGACCAAGCGGGGCAGCUACGUCAAUGAAGCACUGACAGUCAGUAAUGUGUCAGUGAAGCAGACAGAUCAUUUCGCUGUGCAUGAGACGAGUGAAUUUGUGACACUGACCAUUCCUACAGCCCGAAUACUCCAGACCAAGGCCUGCGCAGACAGCAAACAACUCCUGCAGCCGUUCUACAGGGUGGAUGUUGUGCUCACCUUCAAAGAGACAAAUCACAAAAUGCACUGGACCAUGGAGAACACACUGCCAUGCACAGCCAGGGCUGCUGAGUCACACAUCACACCCUCUCCUGGUCCAAACACCACAUGGCUGUCCACGCUCAACUUUAAACGUGAGAAUUUAACUACACUGGACCGCUCCACCGUCCCUGUAGGGAAACUGAACGAAAGUGGUCCUUUGGAAGAGAUGGGUGCAGAGUUUUCCACAACAUUAUCACCUCAUACACAGAUGGAGGGCCGCAGUUUUAAUCUCCACACUGAUGAGAUGUCUAAGAGUCAAAGUGGACAUUCAUCUUCCAGGUUUAAUGGUGACAACAUUACUUCCAUUAAUGCGACUGGAACAAGCUUUUUUGAUUUUCACAAUGCCACUGCAAAUAUUUCAGCAGAGCCAGUUUUCCUUGAGUCAUCAACGGUUCCACCGGAACAAAAAUACCAACAAUUACACACAACCAGUGGGAAUAAAGAGCAGCAGGAACAGGGAAAACCAAAGUGGAUUUGGGGGGAGUAGAAACUGGACAAAAUCUGUGAAAUCUGUGAUUAUUAAAUGUAAUUUUCUUAGUUUUAUGUACUCACACAGACUUCACACUUACUUUAAAGCCUUUUGAUUUGCUUCUUUUGUUUUAAUUCUCACUGGUGUCAUGUGUUACAGCUACGUCUGUUUGCAGUCUUUAAAGGUGAUGCUGUGGUCAGUCAGUGCUGUGAAGGUUGAUUAUACAAGCAGAAAUACAGCCAGACCUCUGCCAGCCAUUGCCUGAGGGUGGACAUUAUCCAGACGCAGACAAGGCAGGCGUUAAAUAAACAUGUCUCUAUUCGGGCAGCACAACAGGCUGACGUAGAGAAGACCAAGCAGUUGUUAAACCUGAUGCCAUCUUCAGGAGCAGCCUUGCGUUAUAUAAAAACUCAUAAUAAAGACUUGAUUUUCAAUGAC